AUGGCCAGUGAUCUGAGAUUCCAAGAGCUGGAGGCGCGCCUGAGCCGAGUGGAGCAGGCUCUCAGCGUGAUGCAGCGCAGCGAACAGGCGAAUGCAGCGCAGGGCGAAGCCCUUCGCUGGGACAAGCUGCAAAGAGAGUUGGAGGAUGGGGACAGCAUAUCCUCCAGCGAGCUCCUGGAAGUCCAAGCCGAGCAUUUCGGGGGGUCGCUCUUCACUUCCUCAGGGGAAGAGAUUCGUGCCGGUGUUGCGACGCAUGGUCCUUGUUAUGAGCUACAGCACUCUGUUUGGGAUGCCUGCCUGUGGAUAGGCCUGCCAGUGCUGAGCAAGUGGGAUUCUGUGAUGGCAACACUGCUGCUGCUGCUCAACAUAUUCGCGCAAGUUGGGUUCGUGUUAGUGGUGCAAAUCGACAUGCUGGAAGAUGUCCUGACAUCAGAGAAGCUGGACGAGCUCCUUCUCUUCAGAGCCAACAUCGCCCACGACGCACGCUACGCAGAUGUGGGGGGCGGCCGGUCUUUGGCGCGCCGGGUUUGCUCCCAAGAUGAGUCGCUGCAACUUGCAAACUCACAGACCAGCUUGGUCACCGACUUGGCCAGCUACAGCGCCAUUGGCCCGGCUUUGGCGUUGUUGGCCAUUGGCUGCUGGCUCAGCACCACCCUGAAGGAGGCCUUCAACGUCCUAGAGUUCUUCGGGGCAAUCCAUUCUUAUCCGCUUGGAGACACCACAAACGUCGCGACUGCCGCAGACGAAGAUGCCUUGGACGAGAGGCCCCUUGCCAUCUCCCAGUUGUCCCGAGGGCGCAAGUAUAUGCUGUUGACCCUUGUGGCCUUCCCUCGCAUGAUGGUUGCUUGCAGCCUGAUGGUCACAGGAACCCGGUACCUUGCAAACACCCUCAACCUAUCUGACCUUAUCUUGAAUGCUGUUGCCCUGGCCUUCAUCUUGGAUCUGGAUGAGCUGAUCGAGUCUGCGUUCAUGCCGCGAAGGCCCCGGUUUCUACUGGACAAGCUCGGCACACUCCCGAUUUCUCGGCCUUUCUUCCCAGGGUUGGAGCACCUCAAGGUGGGGAAAAAUGAGCGUAUGUGGAACGCCCUUCAGAUCGCACUCCUGAUUGUCGGCCUCAUCCUGUCCUGGUACUUGUUGCUGCAGCCUCUCCACCAGACAGUGGACCUUGCACUGGACAUCCUCUGCAGUGGGAGGCAAGACUUCAUCUACGCAGUGAACGCGGCCACCGGGAUCAUCGAAGCCGCGCCCACUUUCCCGAAAGAGGGUGCGAUGAGGCUUUCUUCGCAGCAGGAGAACGUGCUCCAGCUCGCAAAGCUCGAGCUGCUCGCUGUGCAGGGCUUAGGAGGCCUCUACACCGGCUUUGUGAAUCAGCAAGGCGGCUGGACGACUCUGGACUCGGACGACACACCCACAUAUGAUCGAAUCCAGCAGGUGAUUCUGCUCGAUAAGAGCACGGUUGCUAUAGCUGCAAACAACUUGCCAUGCACCGAUUCCGCUUUCUCCCCACAUUUGGUGCGUUCCCGGCUGCGCAGCAUCACCAACGGUCAAGUGGACAGUUGUGCCGCUCUGAAGUCGCAAGAUCAGCUGUGUGCAGUCUUCAACCUCAGCAGCGUGCGAGCACUGUGCCCUCAGACGUGCGGCUGUGACAACCCUCUGGAACCCGCAGCUGGUGCCUUCGCCACCGUCCCCUUCGGCUGCCCGAAGAGAUGUGCACCGCUCAGGGAGGAGUCGCCCAAGCUCCGGCAGGCCCCAUGCAGGGACUGGACUACCAGGGAGCUCUUGGCCAGCGAGUACAUCCGGCGCUACCUCACGGGAGCCUUCACGUACGGCCUGAUGACGGAGCAGACGUGGCUGACCUCCAAGCUGGUGUACGAGGAGACCCUGAGGCGCCGGUUCUACGACUUGCUUCCGGGCCCGAACAAGACGGAGUCUUUGCAGAGGGCCGCCGAGUACUAUGCGACAGGAGGUUGGCACCGGGACGUGAUGGAAGGUAAGUUCGAGCUUGGGCUGAACAUCCCACACCCGCGAGGUUUGGAGGGCUGCGCCUUCUUCGCCUCCGAGGAGAUCGUCGAGCUGGGUGGCGGCAACAUCUGCACACCAAGGGCAGAGCUGGAUGUCUUCCUAUCACUCCGCCCCCAGUGUCCGGUGACGUGCGGCUGCCAUGCCGACUGGCAGGAAUGCGCUCAGCAUGCAGAGACAGCGCUAAUGCACGCGUUUGCAUGCAUUGCCUUUUCGCGCGGGCGCCACAGAGAGUUCGGCCGCUGGCUGCAGGAGGUGAUGCGGUCCAUGUGGCAGAAGCUGCAAGCCUAG